AUGGCAAAGAAGAAGGGCAAGCAGACAACAGUAGAAGAUGUUGGCGACGGCGUGUCUAGUGAGAGCGCAUCGCAAUCCUCUUCCAAUGGCUCAUCCAAGGACUCAGGCUCCAGGCGAUCGGCCAACGGGGCGCCCGAUACUGCUCCUGCGCUCAUAAUAUGUCGCAACAAGUCUGUUUCCCCUUUUGCCAUCUUCCCUAGUCUUGCAUUUGCGACAGAGAACAUGAGCGACCAGCGCAGUCUCGCUGACACAUUGCGCGACAGGCAUUGGCGCUUCAUUUCUUCCUUCCACGGCCCAUGGCUACAGAUGCCCAUUGAGAUCCUCGAAACAAUUGCGAACAUCAACUACAAUACCCCGGUACCCCGUCCGAUCGACCCCGCCGUCUUCUUUGACCUUCUCAAGAUUCGCAGAUUAGUCGAUGAAGCAACUAACUUGGCUGUCCGCGCUGCUAGCGACAUCGCAACACCAACCUUGACGAACGUACAUGGCGGGCUUAACGGACACAUGUCGUCGUUGGGCUUCGGCGUGGGGAAUGGUCACGGUACGAAACUGAGCAAAGAGCGGAAAUUUCGCAUGAGAGAGCAGGCAAGCCAGAAGCUCGCCCGCGCAUAUCGUCUGGACGAAAUCGCUUGCAGUGUCGCUACCAUGCAAGGUGCUUCGACUCUCGAGGAAAUUGGCUCCCUAGUGUUGCAACGCAGCAGAGAUGAUCCCGAUGCGAAAUACGUUCACUUCUUCCACGAGAAGAUACCCUCGCGACAGCUGGCCGAGUGUACUAGUCUAGCGCCUUUGGACAACAUCAUAUCAGCGCAUCCGACCGAAGCCGAGGCUCUACGAACUAGAGCGACUGUUCGGAUCUUCAAGGAUGACUACCUAGGGGCGGCUUCGGACUUGAGCCUUGCGCUGCAAGUGCACCGCUAUCACCAGCCACCACAUGGAGCACCGCUUUCCCGAGAAGUCGAGUUGACAACAGGAUCCAGAAGAAGUCCCGAUAUCAUCCUCACCGAGGACCAGCAACCUAGUAGCUUGGAAACACAGCUGCUGUUCCAAAGAGCUGGAGCGUACUUGACUCUUGCUUGCCAGCAUGUAGCCGCUAGUCUGCCUGACACUCCUGCGAACGGAGAGACUGGUCAGGCGAGUGGAGCGAAUGGAUCUAUCAACUCAGGCAAAACUGAUGGGCAGAGCCCCGAAACCACGGCGCUGGACAAGGAGGCAGCGCACAUUCGGCUGGAGAAACGGAAAGUGGUGAAGACAUACGCUAAGAAAGCACUCCGGGACUACAUGGCCUAUCUGUCAAACUUCCACUACACGCCGGAUCAACCGCUGAAGGUCGCCCGGGAUUUUACUGAAAAAGUAAAUCUCGCGGCGCAGGGUUACCGUCAUCCUCGUGUUCCGGACUCGGGUAGCAUCCCUUCCUACAAGGCGUUUGCCUUGUCCGAGCUAUUUGCUGCCGUUCCACCUGCAGACAUUCCGCCGUACCCUUCCCAGGACUUGGUCCGCUCAUCAGGGCCCGUACAGCCGAAUAACUAUGAGACUAUUACCUAUCAUCCACUUCUGACCGAGGCCCUCCAUUCUCUACUGCUCUGCCAUUGCUUGGUACAGACCUCUACCAAGGAGCUUCUACGCCACGCACACAUGGUCGCCCGUCUCGCUCGACUUGCUGACGGCUACCCGCUCUUCCAGGCUAGUAGGUCCCCAGCGAGGGCAGACUGGAUUGAGGUGUUGCGCCGGGCAGAGAAUUGGAUCCAAAUGAGUGCUUCUUGGGAACUUUUGUGUGCUCCAGCGCCGCUCCCGGUCCUUGAUGGACCAGUUGGCGUGCAGCAGGACAGUUCCCAUUCAUCUCAUAAAGCCGCUGCCCUCGCAGCCGCUGCCAUAACGAGGGACGCCAGCACGUUGCCAGACAUUGGCGAGACUGAGGAGCAGCGGAAGGAGAGAGUUCGACAGCAGGCCAUCAUGGACGCGCUUGAUGACGAUAGAGUUGUUGACGAAGUUACCCUUCGUGCAGCCAUCACCGCUCGUCAGAAGCGCUCAGAGGAGGAUCACGAGUACCUCAUGAGCUUGAAGAAUAGCUCGAAUGGAAGGUCCGAGACUAAUGAACUCUCUCCUGCGCUACGUCGUUGGAGUGUUGACGAUGGACGGGAGUAUCCUAUACUCACUGAGCGUGCAGCAGCCAUUGCGAAAUGGAUCAUCGAGGCGCCGCCGGUCAGCCUCGGGACUGCGAAACGCAAGAAGAAGACCGCCUCGAAGAAGGGCAAGGAGGCGGUCAAUGAAGAGGCUGGUGUCAAUGGCUUGGCCAACCUAGCGAUCAAUGAGACCAGUCGGACGAUUGAUACUGCCGCUUAG